AUGGAUCCAAAAACUGGCUUGCCUAGUCCUAGUUCUCGCCGUUCUACCAUUUCAGGAGAUGAAGAUCAAGCUCAUCGUGAAGGCAUUACCACAGAAAGCAAAGAUUGGACCACGAUAAAAGUCAUUGACUUGGUUAUAGAUCAAAAUGUUAUUAUCGUUGAUGGUGAUACUCCCAUUGAAGAAGCUUGUGAUAUAUUGAUAAAAAAUAAUAUUUCUUCGGCCCCAGUUUACGACGCUCACGUAAAGAAUUUUAUAGGAAUGUUUGAUUGGGCUGACGUGAUGUCUUAUUUAUUGAUCGUACUCAAGAAAAAGAAUAUCAAAGAACAACAACAGAAAAGCGAAGAACAAUUAACUUCAGAAUUCAGGGAUCUAAUUAAAUUGGCAAUACAGUGUCAACCAGUCCCUGUUAAAUUAGCAUCUGAUUUGUCGAAUAAAAAUCCAUUUUAUUCUGUUAUACCUGAGACAUCAUUGUUUCAAGUCGUCGAAUUGUUUGGAAGUGGUACUCAUCGAGUUGCGGUUGUGGAUGCUGAUGGAAAUCUGAAGGGGAUAUUAACACAAUCGACCGUUAUUAAUUAUCUGUAUCAAAAUGUUACCCAUUUUCCGCAAAUUGAAGGAAUUUUCCCGAAAACUGUUCGUGAGCUUGGAAUUGGAAUGGGUUUUGUCAUAACUGCACAAGCUAAUUCAAAUGUUCUCGAUGCGUUAACAAUGAUGAACAAAAAUGGUCUUAGCAGUAUUGGCAAGCUUUCUUUUCUUGCGUUGUCAUUUAUUUUAGUUUUACAAGUUUAUCGAAUAACCGAUGAAAAUGGAAUGUUAAUUGGAAAUAUUAGCAUGUCAGAUAUCAAAUAUAUCUUGAGGAGCGAUCGUCAUUCUUUAUUGUGGCGAACUUGUCAUCAGUUUGUUAGUCAUGUGAGAAGUCGUCAAGGAUUAGAGGAUGGGCAGGAUCGAUAUCCUGUAUUCGAUAUAAGUCCAAAUUCUACAAUAGGCUAUGCCAUUGCGAAACUGACCGCAACAAAAGCUCAUCGUGUUUGGGUAGUCGAUGAGAAAAUGAAUCCAGUUGGCGUUGUCAGUUUGACGGAUAUAUUGAGCGUUUUUGCUCGAGAAGCUGGUGGAAAACCGAACCCAUCUGCUAAACGUCAAAGGAGUAUUUCAAAAGUAGAGGAAGUAAUCGCAACUUUGACGGAUCAAUGA